AUGGCCGAACUAACACACCUCAACGAAGCUUCUGUUCUUCACAAUCUACGGCAACGAUAUGCUAAUACAAUGAUAUAUACAUAUUCUGGGCUUUUUUGUGUUGCAAUUAAUCCAUAUAAACGUUUGCCAAUAUAUUCUGAAAGUGUUUGUAAAAUGUAUAUUGGAAGGCGUCGAAACGAAAUGCCCCCACAUAUUUUUUCCAUAUGUGAUGAAGCUUAUAGAAAUAUGAUGAAUGAACAAGAGAAUCAAUCAAUGUUGAUAACGGGAGAAUCUGGUGCCGGAAAGACAGAAAACACCAAAAAAGUGAUUGGAUAUUUUGCUGUGGUUGGUGGGCCUAGUGGAGUUUCAACAACGAGAAGACGGAGCAGUUCAAGUAAAGAUACAGCGACAUUGGAAGAACAAGUAGUCCGGACUAAUCCUGUUUUGGAAGCUUUCGGUGGAAAUUUUUGUUAUUAA